AAAAAGAGAAAGGUUCUGGGUUUCAUCCCCAGUACCCUUUACAUAUACACACAAAGAUAAGGUGAAAAUCACUAGGCCUGUCUUGGCCCUGAAGGUGUACGGAAGGCAGGUGGGAGGGGCAUUCUUGCCGAGUGUUCACCCACCAGGCGCUGCACCUCCGUGCCCCAGAGGUAUGAUUCAGGCAGCCCGGGGGAACCCAGGGACUGAGCCUCCUGCUGUCCCCUCUCACCCGUCCCAGCCUGCCUCCUGCAGAUGGAGCCUGUGAACUACGAGAGGGUGCGGGAGUACAGUCAGAAGGUCCUGCGUGGGCAGCCCGACAAUGCCAAGGCCUUGUACCGGGCUGGAGUGGCCUUUUUCCACCUGCAGGACUACGAGCAGGCUCAGCGCUACCUCCUGGCGGCUGUGCACAGACAGCCCAAAGAUGCCAAUGUCCAGAGAUACUUGCAGCUGACGCAGUCUGAGCUCAGCAGCUACCACAGGAAGCAGAAGGAGCUGUACCUGGGCAUGUUUGGCUAACAGGAGGAAGCUCUCACCUGAAGCACAGGUGGACUUGAGGCCACAAGGGGCAGCUAAGCCUCGAGCAAGAGUGAAGAGGCCCCUGCAUUCAGCACAGACUCUGCCACUCGCACUGGCACCGUCCAUGUCUGUAUCUGUCCAGCUUCUAGUACCUGUCAUUGUGGGGACAUUUGCCUGGAGAGCUGCACCA